AUGUCUAUGCACGACACCACAACGUCCAAGGAGCUGUCACGAAAGCUCUUCUUCCUCGCUGCCUACUCGCUCACCGGUGCUGCCCUGAUGGGAUCCUCCAUCGGUCUAGUCGUCUACCAGAGCGGCCAGUUCUUCUUCCUCAACAGACCUAGCCAUCUCGAACUCUUCCACCCUCGUUUCCCCCCUUCUGCUCCAGCAGACCCUUCACCAUAUCACCCAUUCCCUCAUACCGCUCACGGCGCCGUCCCCCCACCUCCUCACCCUCACCACCACCACGACCAUCACCACCAUCAUCGUCACCCACUUAAAUCUAUCUUUUCCACCUGGCUUCCCGUCGCCGCCUGGCUAGCCUCUCUUCUUAUCAGUUCAACUCUCAUCACCUCCCGGAAAUGGGUCCCGCGGAUCCUCUCAGCCCGAGCAGGUAUCCUGAUUAGUCAAUCGAUCUUUAUGCUCUUCUGGGUUCUACUCGGGGCUAUCCAGGAGGUUCAGGAACGGUUGGUGGCACAACGCUGGGCUAUGAAGGACAUGGAUGCGAUCGCCGAGGCCAUGGAUGGUACCAACCAGGCAGAUGUCGCCUUCGAGAUGAGGACACAGAUCAGGGCGAUGAUCGUGCCGUUGUGCACACUUUGGUAUGCCGCCGUUGUGCUCCUGGGCACCGGAACAGGGCUUUUGACGGCCAGCAGUAGUUGCAUGGAGAAUCAGCUCAAGAGGGCCUAUCGGUAUGCGCAAUUACAGAAGUUGGAACAGGACGAGAAAGAGACCGAGUGGAUGGAAAAGAAGGAAGGCCAGGACGAAGUGUUGUUGGCUGUGCCUGUCACGUCUUCUUCAUCGGAAGCCAUGAGUCGCCCGCGGUAUACAAAUUCGCAGCGCGCGAUCCUGAUGUUGUUAAUCCUGGGCCUGUUCACAAGCCAGAUGAAGCUGUUCCAGUGGAUCGUUGAGGCCCAGUCAGUGCGAGCGUACUACACAGGGACGACAAAGUCGGUCUCGACAUGUUUGACAUUCGUCGGUCUGGUGUCUGGUACAGCUAUGAUCUCUCUGGGGUCGCGUUUUCUUCCCAGGAGGUCAUCCUAA